GACUUCAUCUGCUUCCUGUUUAACAGAAAUCUUCAGGAUUUCUUUGCCAACAUGAACUAAAAGUUAUUUUUCUCUCCUGCCCUCCGUCUCUUCUUCACCUCUGAAUGAUCCCUCGUUCUAAAUGCGCUCGUUGUUUAAUCUGUGGUUCCCUGGGGUCUAAUGGAUCAGCGCCGCCUCCUGUCGGGUCCGGCCUCUUUCUCUAAUGAAGCGGGUAAUAAAUUACGGCCUGGAUCUGCAGCUCUUAGUGCGAUUGGUUCGACGGAGGCGGAGUGUAAACGGCAGCUCUGUGUGGUCUGGGCCGGCCAGAACAACGUGAUCAGAAUAAACUCCCCCAUGUCCCUGAACGCCUCCAUGGGUCCCAGUCUCUGUGCUGAACUGGUUUCCUGUCGAACUGGAACCACAUUCAGGAAAAUCUGGAUUCCUCCUGAUCCAGUCGGAUUAUUUAAAACGAUCCUGAAGGAAGUUUUUCUCAUUUUUGUUCCCUGAUCUGCUGAUAAAUCUCAACUUGUGCUGUUUGUUUCUGCAUUAAGAUGUGAAGGAAAAGUAAAACUUUGUCUUUGAUCUCCUCCUUUCUUUGCAUUAUUUCUUUAUUAUUGAUCACACUUUAACUCUGUCAGCAUUCCCUGCUCUGGUUGAAUCCCAGCCGUUAACCUGGGAAACUUUAACGUUCUUUCAGUUGUCUGGAGGUUUUUACUGGACACAAGCUCUGAUUUUACCAGAUGAACAUGAACCUCUGACUGAGCUUUAGCCAGAGGAAGCAGGUCAAAGGUCAGAGGUGACUGAUGGAUGGACUUCCUGUCUGCCCUCAGGACCUGGCGGCGCUGGUAGCCAACGGCACGGUGACCAGCAAGCCUCCGGUCACGCUGCGGCUCGUCAUCCCGGCCAGCCAGUGCGGCUCGCUCAUCGGCAAAGGAGGGUCAAAGAUCAAGGAGAUCAGAGAGACAACAGGUGCGCAGGUUCAGGUGGCCGGCGACCUUCUCCCCAACUCCACGGAGAGGGAGGUGACGAUAUCCGGAGGGCAGGACACCAUCAUCCAGUGUGUGAAGCUGAUCUGCACGGUGAUCCUGGAGUCUCCACCGAAAGGAGCAACCAUUCCAUACCGGCCUAGUCCAAGUCCAGGAACAGUGCUGCUGGCAGGAAACCAGGUGUUCGAGGCCUCGGACUUUGGGUCUCACCCGCUGUUCUCCGUGGCUCAGGGCGGACUGGACCUGCAGCAGACGUACGCGGUUCAGAGCCACUACGGCAUUCCACAUUCAGAGUUGGUGAAGCUGCAGCAGCUGUCCAUGCAGCAGCAGGGCCUGGCGUCCAUCAGCCAGGCCGCCACCGUCCUGCCCGGAGCCGUGGAAGCAAAUUCCCAAACCACGUCUCAGGAGCUCCUCAUUCCGAACGAUCUGAUUGGAUCAAUCAUCGGUCGCCAGGGAACCAAAAUAAACGAGAUCCGGCAGGUGUCUGGGGCUCAGAUCAAGAUCGGCAGUCAGAUCGACAGCAGCAGCGACCGCCAUGUGACCAUCACCGGCACGCCGAUCGCCAUCAAUCUGGCUCAGUAUUUAAUCACCUCAUGUUUAGAGACCGCCAAAUCCACCGCCCAGUCCUCCUCCAUGUCGUCUCCCGUUGACCUGACCGCCGCCGCCGCCAUCGGUGCGCCGGUCAUCUCGAGCUCGGUGCAGACGGCGGCCACGGCGGCGGUUCCCAUCCCGGCUCACGCGGCGGCCGCGCUUGCGUCCUACACGGCCAAGAUCUCAUCGUCCGCCAACGGGAUGAAGAAGCCGGAGAGACAGAAGUUUUCUCCGUACUGAUGAAGGAGUUCGGCCGUCUCUGCGUGGCUCCUGAGCUGCUCGUCAAACUGCAAGGGCCUCUGAACUCUGUCACUUCCUGUUUCUAUCUCUCUCUCUUCCCCUCCUGACUGCUAGCAAAGAUCACUGUGGGAUUAUUGGAACAUGCAUGAUUUAUCUAAAAUAAUACGGAUUCUGUGAAGCCAACAGCGAUCAGUGACGGUGAAGCGAAACCGUUUGGUGGCGUUGAGUCCGGUUCCUCCGGACCGCGGCAGAUUUAAAACGCUCAUCAUAGUUUCAGAGUUAAACCAGCUGAUCAUCUUCACUGAAGGAUCCUUUAAAUCUGACAAUCACCAAGUAGCUGCAGCGGUUACCUCUCAGGGUCAAGGAGUCCGUCCGUCCGCCGUGGUUCACCCUGUAAAUACACACCAGAAAGAAACGAUUCCACCGUUAUGAGGACAAACCGGGUCAACAUUCUGCUCUCCGCUUUUAGCAAAGUCCAGUUUAAAACGAGGCGCUGACCAUCAUUUAGGGUGUUGAUGGCGUUGCUGGGUUUAAAGCCCAGCUGUUUCCCACGUCAAUCAGAGAUGGGAGCGUUUCUCCAGAGGUCUGAGCGUCUUGGGUCAACGGCCCGGCUUGGUCGCUCCGAAGUCCAACCGUUUCUGGACAUUUCACACACACGCUUUACACUCCACUGACCCACCGAGCCGAGCUCCUGAGAAACCCUCCCACUGCGGCAGAUGUCACGGCUUACAGCCGUAAACACGGCAGACAGGAACGGAUGUUACCAGUCCUCCACUUCAGAGGAGGAAAUAAUGAUUAUCCUGAAAAACCUCAUUUUAUUUUCCACGUUACUGGGGAGAAAAUCAGCAGAAGCCAUCAGAGGCACGUUUUCCCGCCACAUCGGACCAGAACCGAGCAGCGGGAGGUCAGGGUUCUGGUUCUCACCGCCUCAGACUAAACAGCUCAAACUGUCCGCCCUGCUGGCCGAACAACCGGCUUCUGGAAGUUGAACAGAGCGGAGACUUUUCCAGGUUUUGUGACAAGAAGAAGAAAAACAACGACGCGAUUUUUGUUCCUGCGACAUUGAGAAUCGUUUCUGUGGGUUCGGCUCGACCGUGCAGAACCUUUAACUCCUUCAUCCGAAUAAAACUGAUCGUCACGAGAUUCAAACUUCACCAGAAGCAUUAAGGGUUAAUCACAGUAUCUUAUUGUCACCACAAGGUGGCAGAAGAGAACCAAACUUACUCCAAACUGCAGGAAUAAACGUAGCAAAGAAAGUUUCUGCCUUAAAACAGUUUGUUGAUGCUUGAAGCGAAUCCGCACCACUUUCUGCCCGUUUGAACUUUUUCACAAACACAGAAAACCAGUAAAAUGUUAGUCUCUCUUUAGUUGGUCCAAUCAUAAAUGAGAUGCAUUAUGUUUCAUAAGCCAGCAGCCAUCUUGGAGUUUGAGGUUGAGAAGCUUCAUGUUCCGGCGUCGUCUGAGCAAAUCAAGCGAUUUGAGUUCAGGUUUUGUACGGAUGGCGAAUCCUGUCAUGUUUUUAUCGGCCGGCUCCGCCCACUAUCGUUUGGCAGCCAUAUUGAAACCUGAAACUGGAGGAAGUUGUUUAAGGGGGCUCCAUAAAAUCAAUAUGAAUUAUCAUCUUUUUAUUUGUUUUAUCAAAAUGGUGGCUGAUGUGAGACUCCAGCAAUCUGCUCCUUUAUUUCCUGUUUUCUACUGACAGCCAUCACAUAUUCAGCAUCCAUGUCAGAAUCUGCAUCGUUUCAUUUUCCAACAAUCCCACAAAGUUGAGCUUCUCUCUGGUUUCUCCUCCCUGGUUGUUUCAGCAGCUCAGAGACGGAGGCGGCGGCUGCCUGCAGCCUGUAAAAGCCAUAAAGACUUUCCAGCUGUCCUUCUGUCUGUCCUGCUCUUUGUCACACUGUAUACUCCUAUAUUUAUUAUUAACCGUUAUGAAAUAUUCCCUCAGAGUUUAUAUCACUGAUCACUAACACUGAGCUGACUUUGUAUACGAUGUAAAUGUACUUCCUGCUUCGUGUCUCGUUGGGUUUUCUUGUAAAGGUUUUUUUAAGUCUUUUUUCUUUCAAUUAAUUCAGGUUGAUUUAAAUUAUUUUUUAACUUAUUAAGAGUAUUACAGCUAUGGGUUUAGAUGAAAUUCUGUUUCCAAUAUGACUGUAAAACUGUAUUAUGUUUUUUAAGUGUGUGAACCAAUUAACUUUUUCACUGUAACAUUGAUGAUUGUCUAAGUUUGUGUUGAAGUGUUCCCACUCGUUUGAUCCGACUGGAUAUCAGAACCGAACCCGAAAACGUUCUGAAAUCUUUCCUCUGACUCUGAGCAGAACUAGAACAAGUAGAACUACGGCAACACAGCGAGCCAAAAUACGGAACAGCAGGAGGAUUUUCACGGAUAAACAAAACACACAAUAAAUGGAAUAAUAAAUAAAUGAGAUUUAUAAUGGAGUUUAUUAAAAAUGGCUGCUAAUGACAACAUACAUGAUUUUAACCUGAAGAGUGAAAAUAAAAGUUCCUGCUGAUUUAAGGCAGCAGGACAGAGCGGGUUCUGAAAGUACGGAAAGCCAAAAUGAUCAAAACUUUGAUCAAAUAUUAAAACAUCAGCUCUUCAGUGGUUUGGUAAAUUGUCUGAAUUCAGAUUAAAUGGAGACUCAAAAUGUUUCUCGGCGUUUUGAGACCGUCGGGUCGCACAACUUGAAUUGGGACUUUUACUUUCUAAACUUCCUAAUAAAACUGAGAUGCUUCUAAAAACAGCCGCCAGAUAAACGUAGAGAGAAACAUCAAUGCCAACGAGCUUUUAUUAAAGAGAUACAAAUAAAUCAGAAGCAGCAGGUUUAACAAAACAUUUUGAUAUUAUUCUACUAAUUCUAGUUCUGCACCAGAUUUUCUCUGUUUUUGAUUUUUUUCUUUAAUUUAUUAAUUUUUCUGGAUGAACUGAGGAACAUUUCUCUGGAUCCUCGCUGCUGCUGCAUGUCUGCUUGGCCUCACUAACACACACACACACACACACACACACACACACACACACACACACACACACACACACACACACCAGGCUGCAGCUCUGGGGAUCAAAGCAAUACUGAGCAGCUUCAGGUUGAACUGGACGUGUUGCAUAAACUUUCUGUUUGUAUUAAUAACUACUACUGAUGAUGAUGAUGAUGAUGAAGAACAGGCUCACUUAUUUUUAUAAAGUCACAUCACUUCUUUCUUCUUCCUCUUCAUCGUUUAUGUCGUUCCUCCUCCGUCUGCAUGAGUCUGACUUGAAUUGAUGUCUAUGCAAAAACAGUUCUGAGGUCCAGUUCAAGGUGGACGCCGUCCGACCCGGUCCGACCCAGUAUAACCCGGUCCGGCCCGGACUGGUCCAACCCGGUCCGACCCAGUAUAACCCGGUCCGGCCCGGACUGGUCCGACCCGGUCUGACCCAGUAUAACCCGGUCCGGCCCGGACUGGUCCGACCCAGUAUGACCCGGUCCGGUCCGACCCGGUCCAGCCCGGUCUGGUCCGACCCGGUCUGACUCAGUAUGACCCGGUCCGGCCCGGUCUGGUCCGACCCAGUCUGACCCGGUCUGGUCCGACCCGGUAUGACCCGGUCUGGUCCGACCCGGUCUGACCCGGUCUGGUCCGACCCGGUCUGACCCAGUAUGACCCGGUCUGGUCCGACCCGGACUGGACCGGCGCUCCUGGUUCAGACUCACAACACGUCCACCUGAAGACGACACACCCAUCCUGUCUGCGGGACCCGCCGGGUCGCACAACUUUAUUAUUUUAACCAGAAAUCAGAGGUUAGAUUAACGGUGCACCGAUUUUGGCCGAUACCAAAGUUUUUGUUUGAAAUGUUAACUUGCUGAGUUGGCAGCAGUCGGACUGACCUGGUGGGCGGAGCCUCCCUGCAGAGCAGCGGCUGGUUUCAGACCUUUGCUGAAGUGGAUCGGAUCGGAUCGGCUUCAUGUGAACAUCAGCAGGUCACCGAUCUGUCGGUUCAUCCAGUUUAGAUGUUUGCAUUACUUUAACCAAAACAGAUGCUUUGAAUCAUUCGUAAUAACAAAAUGAUCGAAUAUUUGACUCAAAUCAUCUUUGUGUCAAAAGUAGUUUUCAAUUUUUUUUAUGCAGAAACUAUUGACAACUAUUAAUAGACCUCUUAAUGUAAAUUAAAUGCAAACAUUAGGAUCAAAUAUUGAAAAAAAAAGUAAAAAUAAGACGAACAAAAACAUCCUUCAUGUUAUGAAUCCUUAUAUUUAUGUGGCAAAAAUCACCAGACCCAACAUUUGACGUUUUCUGACCUGCAGUUGGCCCGUGAACCCCAGUUUGGAUAUGAGCUGAUCCUAAAACCUCUGAGGAUAUUUCACUGGUUAGACAAACUUCCUGUAGGUCUGAGGCAGACAGGAAGUGGGUCUCUGCAGGGAGGCGCAGACAGGAAGUGGAUCUCUGCAGGGAGACGCAGACAGGAAGUGGAUCUCUGCAGGGAGACGCAGACAGGAAGUGGAUCUCUGCAGGGAGACGCAGACAGGAAGUGGGUCUCUGCAGGUGAAGGUGUUGCCUGAGUCUGAACAGCACCACGCGCUCAGCAGCAGCUGAGGACAGUUAUGAAUAUUAUUGCACUCGAACAUGAAAACUCCAUAAUGACCAGAGGUUCUGUGAGUCCGGUUCCCGUGUGUCUGGGUCAGCCUGACGUGUCGGCGGUUCUGCUUUCUUCCAUCCAUGCCAUGUUCCAAUAAACGAGCACUGAAAGAA